GUCACGUCAGCUGAUGGCUGGCAGUGUGUGUCUUGUAACGCCAACAACAGAUCUCUCACCUCAAAUACUUGCCCCUCUUGUACAUCUGUUUCGGACAUUACAGUGGAGAGAUUGUUGGAUGGACAGUGGAUUCAUGGCACCCCCCAGAGAACCUGCCAGACUUGUGCUGCCGGAACCGUGCCCAGUGCAGAUGGAACCAGGUGUGUGAGGUGUAAUCAGGUAAUAUCCAUGCUGAAUGUACAGAAUUCUUGUGACUGUCAGGCAGGUCAGCAGUCGGGUGGUCUGUGUUUUCCCUCUGAUCCAAAUUUACCCACUGGAACAGACUUCACCAUUCGAGUUGAAGAAAGUGAUGUGACUUCAGCGUUCUUCAGGGACAACCUAGGGGCAGCUUAUGAAAUGUGCAAGUUUGACAGCACCACUGGCAAAUAUGGGAACCUUACUGCCUGUCAGACCCUGGGGAAUAUGUGCAUGUUAACAUACUAUAAAGAUAUCAGUACUGUAGGGAGCUCAGGCAGUGCCAUUAAUAGAAAAGCCUGUGAACUAUAUGAUCUGGUCAAGGGUUCAAGUUCUCAGGAUUGGCCUCCCAACAUGCCAUGGCUUUACUACUCAGAAAACGGGAAGAAUGUUCUGGACGACACUGGUAUAACGCAGGACUACUACGUCAGCCCGAGUCACGCCAACUCCAAGCUGAAACUCAUUGUUGCUAAGUAUGCUCUGAACGGAACUUUUCUGGGACUUGAAAAUGUAACAGGAGACACACUACAGAUCUGUUCAGGGAAUCUUAAAAUGUUAAACGCAGCUCUGCAGUUUGGAACAACCUAUUCUCUAUCAUGCCAAGUCUCUAUGGAUGAUCUGUGGGAUGAAAACAAGUAUCCCCUCAUCUUCUAUGACCUCUACCUAGAAUUUACAGACAGCUCUGGUGCCAGAAAGCUGUAUGCUGUCCCUGUUCUAAUAGAGAACAUUGAUAGCACUAAACACACUGCUACAAACCAAGAGGAGUGGAAAAUGACAAGAAGAUUCUUCUUGAUAGAUAACCAGGCACUUAAGACGCCACCUAGUACAACUACAGGUACGACCCCCACAGUGACACCCGCCUCCACCCGGGCCAAAUAUGUGAGAUAUGCCUCUGAAAUGACACUGACAGUGAGGCUGCAGAAUGGACAGACAGGGGAGAAUACUGCCAAUAAAGAGGGCAGAAUCUUCCCUCCAUACCUCCGGAUAAAAUAUCUGACGGCCAAGGAGGAAGACAUUGGAACUGGGAUUGAAGUGGAUUUCUCCUUUUCCACAGUGUACACAAUGCCCCAGGAGAAGUUCAGCCAGGAUGUGGGUAUCGCCAUGGCGGUCUUUGGCGUCAUGGCGGCUAUCUGGGGUCUUUUGAGAACUUGGUCGUGGUACAAGAGGACCGGCAGAGUGGGCAUCGACUUCCUGACUCUCAUCAAGUUUGUGCUGUACUCCAUGGGGGCAGUGGGGAAUGCCUUCUUUGUGGUGAUGAUGGGGGCAGCCUUCUGGUUUCUGUUGUUUUUCAAGAACCAAGGUAUAGCGUUACUCGUCCCUCAAACCAGAGAGCAAGAGAACAUCUAUGUCAUCUACAUCUCCGUGGCAUUUGCUCUGAAAGUCAUAGAUCUCAUCCACAUGUUCAUCAUGCACAGCACCAUAGACAUAUUCCUCAUAGACUGGGAACGCCCUAAAGGUAUGACCAAAAAGGAAGAGGGCGUCGUCGAGGAACCUGUUUCAAUAUGGCGGACAUAUUUCGUCGCAAAUGAAUGGAACGAGAUUCAGACGUUUAGGAAGAUCAAUACAAUAUUUCAGAUUAUGAUGGUGGUGUUUUUACUUCACGUUGUUGGGUUUGAGAACUACGCAACAAGGGAUGCGUACAGUCGUCUUCACUUCUCCGACACCAACUACCGCGCCCCAUACAGUCUGGUGUUCAGGUUUGCUCUUGGAGCCACUGUUUAUCUGUUGACAGGGAUAGUCCAGUGGAUCUGGUUCACGUUCUUCUACGAGCGUUUCAUCUCGGACCCAGUGCGUGAGUUUGUGGACCUGUGCUCCAUGGCUAACGUGAGUGUGUACAUCAUGGAGAACUAUCUGUACGGCUACUACAUCCAUGGGAGGUCUGUCCAUGGCAAGGCUGACACUGGACUCAAGGACAUGUUUGACAACUUGAAGAGGGAGGAGAAUAACAUGUGUGGUCAGAGAGGCCUGUUACCCAACACAGAUCAGCAGACAUUCCGUAUGGCACUGCCCCGGAGGAUGAGGCAGCAGUACGACAAGAUCCUCCUGCCACUCCAGGCACAGGCUGGUCAGCCCCAGAGCCGUAUGGACAGAGGACCCAGUGGACAGGGGGCCUCACAGUUUGAGAAGGCGGUCACUGCGUAUGAAACGGUCAACAGGCUGCUGUCUUCUUUCAUUGAUCAUGCCCUCCGUGAUAUUGACUACAUAGUAAAAGAUAAACUGCUAUUUGAGAAUAUACUGGAUGCAGAAUUUGAAGACACCACCCUCCGAGGCCAUUUUUAUAAUGACAGUGGUCAUUCCUUUGACGGUGUUCUUUUCUAUGGCAACGAGGUGACACUGUUCAUAUUUGAUCUCCUGUUCUUCAACAUUGUGGAUCUGAUAGCACAAAACUUUGUUCUGGCCGGUGUUCUCACUUAUGUUAUGACUCAGCUCAUUGUGAUGCUUCGGGACUUCAGUGGGAAGAAAAAUCUUGCCAAAAAGACAUUAGUGGAUGAACGCUUCCUGAUAUAGAGUCCAGUUUUUUUCCUGGACUUAUUCAGUUUGAGGAAUUGAUGAUCUCCAUUUGUUCUUUUUCACUUAGACAGCAGCAGUUAUUUUUUAAAAGGAAACUAAACGAGAAGACCUGCAUCAAAAUUUGCAUUUUAUGCUUGUUGAACUGACAUUGUAAAGGUCAACUUAAUAAUACUUUGAUUUUACCAUUGUUAAGCACUUUGCUUAUAAAGAGAACUGAAUUUGCAGAAAGUCUAGAGCUUGCAUUCGUGCUGUGUGUUAUUCAUCUUACAGCCUUACUUUUCGUUGGAAUCAGUAGAACUCCUGCUGUUUAACAAAGGCCAAUGUGCAAAUGACUUUAAAUUUUUAAUUAAAAUUAAUUUUAUCCUUUGGUUUAUGAAAUACAAAGGUGUCAGCAGAUUUUAUGUUCUUUCAUAAUGUUAUUCCAUUUUGAUGCCAGAAGUAUUAAGAAAUAGUUUGUAUCAAAUUUAAUUUUAAUGUGUAAAUCUGUGUAUUAUGUACAUGUAUAGGACUUUUGUAGUGUAUAUUUAUGUAUAGUACACAUGUGUCUGUGUAAUACAUGAAGUGGUGCCAAUAGCAGUAACCAUUAUAUAUUUUUGUUUAUGAACUCUUGUGAACAUGAUAAAUGUAUAUUUUGUGUAAUUGCUUUGGAUAU